UCUCGAGUUAUUUUUCAGGAUAACAAUCAGAUUUAACAAACUAUGCACAUUUCAUCAUCAUACCGAAAGUUUGUUUAAACGCAUCAUUCAAAGUUGUUACUAUGUGUCUUAUAAAAGUCGAAACAUGAAGGUUUACAAGUUGUGUGAAUUGCGACGUUAUUAUGCUGGAGUAUCAUCACUAGCAUUUGCUUUCGACACUUUCGUGGUUCUUAUCAUUACUUUAGUACCAUGGAUCAUUUCGUAUAUAACUGGCUUCAUGUACGAAACUUCUUAUACUUUUCCAGAAAAACCCCUGGUAUCGUUCGACGGAAACAUGCUACUUUUUCUUCAAAAGAGCGAUGGCUUACUUUAUUAUGGCAGCAUACCACAUCAGGAAACAAACCAUUUACUGCAAUCUUCGCUUAGGCUACCCCAAAUUAGUUUCUACAAUUCUAAAAAUAGAAACCUUCAUGAGGAAGAGGCGAUCAAUAUUUAUAUUAAGUUUCCUAUGUCCCCAUCAGAAAAAAUAAUUAGUCUCACCGUUGUACUAUUUGUUGAUGUUACUUCGUUGGUAUAUGCACAAGAUAAUAAUUUCAGCUAAUAUUUUAUACAGCGUUUUUACAAUAGACAAGACAAGGUUCCAAUGUUUAUUUCCAAAGUUUUUCGGUCGCCUACCAAUGGAUUUCUAUAUUCUGGGGACUUUUUAUGCUUUCGAAAAUACUCUUUUGCAAAAACUAGCACUUAUUAUGAAACCAAAACAAUUCCAAGAAAAAUCUUUGAGCUAUCAUCAAACAUCUCGAGAAGUGGUGAGUCAUCUACCAGAUCAUUAAUUUUUUAAUUUUUUAGGAUACUACUUACUUGAAGAUAGAAUAAGUGUACCUAUAAUACGUGAAAGUCUUUCAAGUACUUUUGACAUAGAACUCUCUGUGUACUUUUCCUCUCUAAGAAUCAGGUAAGUGUGAUGGUACCUAAUUCAAAAUAUUAUGAGUGAGUAACAUACACUGUUUAACAAAGGCUCACUGGACUAAAGCUCUGAAAGAUGACUUAGUGUUUAACGCUUUCAACUUGCGACCACUAAGUCCUGAUUUCGGGCCCAUUCCAUCUACUUUCGUUUAGGCAAUUAGAUAGUUUCGUCAUCCUCUACAGUAUAAACAUUUCCUAUGCCUUAGCACCAGAAAUAUGAUCUAAUUUAAAUUAGCUUGAAAUAAUAUUAGCGUAUCACUUGUUGAUCAGAGUUGGAAAUAUGUUAAGCUUUAAAAACAGAUAACCUACUUAAAUCAACUUCAAGAGUAACUCUAUGGAAUAUCACACUUUCUAUCAGAAUGACCAAUGCUAAGGUUGAUGAGUGUUUCUAUAUAAACACCGUAAAAUCGUUGAUCACCAUUUAAACUUUAAUUGACUAAGUUGUCUAAGACAUGUAUUAAUCAUACUCUAAUAUCUAAUGCUAGAGGAAAAUAAGAGUAGACUGGAAGAUGUUCAGUUCUUAUACAAAGACACAGGAUUUUCUGUCUAUCCAGGGUUUUCUAGAAAGGUUGAGUUUUCUAAUGACAGUUCAUCCAAAGAAACAGUGUUUCAUGACUUAUAAUGACUUUUCUCAAAAGCACUCUAAAUCUUGGAUUUCAGGACUAUUUUGCACAUUUUAUUUCUCUAAUUUAUCCGUUCUUCCUAAACCAAUCUUUACUUAUCUUUUACUUUUUGCCCAUACUAAUACUAUACUUGCACUUUGGCUUUCAUUUUGCAAACUUCAUAGCAUUGUGUUGAUAUCACAGUAGGGCAAAUGAACCAACACACGUUCAAAAUAGGUCCUAAUUUUUUAAUGAACUGAACUUCAAACUGAGUAAAAUGAUUAUCGUUGUAAACAGUCUUCAUAUUUAAAACCAAAAUCAAAUGUUAAAUGUUAUACUAUUCGAACCGAUUACCAAUGUACUCUGAAGCGUUCGACUGGACAAGAAAUGAAACAGAUUUCAUUAAUUCAAACUACUUGUUACUGAUAACUUAUAGUUAUUGAUAAUCAAAUUAUACAGUAUAGCAUUAAGAUGAAUAUUGAUUAUUGACUCAGUGGAUAACUGAUUUUCGAACUUACACCCUAGGAGUUUGAUCGAAAAAUCUCUGUGUAUCAUAUAAUUUGAUAAGUUUCUGUUCAAUCACAUGUCAGUCCAUAAUGAUUCUUAUUGUGUACCGUAGAUCAAUAGUUUAUAGUGUCGAUCAGCCAUAUUACCAAAGAUACGUGUAAUUUUUCUCAUUUUUAAAUAUGUACAUUUGCACUUCGUUUAUUUUGUGUUAUUCAUAUUACCUUUCAUAUUUUACUUUUGUAUGCGUUACCCUAUUGUCUAAAAUAUUAAAAUGUUAUUCAUUAGGAUAAUGUAUCGUUUCAUAACAGUUUUGUUUCUUGCCUAUUGAUUGAGGUUUCUAAAUCAAAUCAACUCAUGUUAUAGGACGAUAUUUCCUCACAUAUUAAGUGAGUUAGUGAUGUUAUGAAUAGUUUAUUCGUCUCCACGAAUAUUAGUCUCCACGCAUAUUGACAUUCCUGUCUUUCGAAAGUUUUGCUGAAGUACUCGCUUUUUUUACUUGAAAAUCUAUAGAUCAGUAAUCUGUGGUACAGAACUCCUCUUGAAUGUAUGAUGACAUAAUACAAAAGACAAACCAAAUCUUUCACAAUUAAUCUCCUACCUCAAUAUAUAUCCAUUGUUGUUGCUUCUUUUCUUCUAUGUUGUUUCAGAAUAUGAGAGUCCUAAAUUUUGCAUGUGUUUAGUUUUUAUGAGUCUGUAAAUUCAUUAUCAAUUUUUAAUCGUUAGGUAGUAAGUAUGAUUAGCAUAUUUUGUUUAGAGUCAGUUGACGUUUAUUGAAUAAAUAAUCCCAAGCAAAAUUUUUGGAUACUGAGAGCAACUACUGUUUGAAUUCCGCCUUAACAAUUUUGGCUGAGAAACAACCAAGUUCUAGAAAAUAAAUAACCCAUUUCAGAAAGAUUAUGAUCAUGAAAAUUACCCCUAGUUUCUCCAUCAUGUUUAUGUUUGAGAUAUACUGACAGAAAGUUUCUUCAACUAGAUUCAACUCUGAACGAUACUUAUGAAUAAGAUGUAUAAUUUUUAUGAAAUCCAUUCCAUGUAUAUAAUUUUCACUUAUGACGUCCAUUUAGUUCCACUGGGAAAAUUUGUGUUACAGGUAAAUUAUUUAUUAUGUUAAUGAAUAAGAUAUCUGAUGAAAAGUUUUGAUUAUGAUUUUUACUUGAUUGACUGAACGGUAACAGAAAAACAUAUCAUUUCAAUGGCUUAGAUUUACAGUAUACAAUUAAAAACUAACUGACCGAAAUGAUAAAAGGUUAUACUUCUACACGGUAGAAUCAGUUUUUAAGUGAUUCGAUCAAAGUCAAUGGGAUUAGAAAUAUCUGAUUGCAAUCAUCGACAAAUGGAAAUCGAAUGAACAUAUAAGUAAUAUUUUAAAAAGUAUAAAUUUUCUAACAUCACAGAGGGACUUUCAGCUGAUGAGUAGCAGUAAAGAUGAUUUGCUGGUGAUCAGUUUCAAAACAUUAAUCACUUAAAUUUCUCCAACUUUGCCAUAAUACAUCAUUUCUAGUUAAUACAUUUUGUAAUUCCUUGUAUAACAUAUGAUUAUUAACAUUGUUUUAUAGUACUAAUCCAGGAUUUUGGUAUACCAUCAAAUUUGCAUGGGUUCAAUAUUUAUCAAUUGGUCUAGUGAUAUUUUAUUUAGCUGAAAAAAUGAGAGGAUACAUUUACGAUAAACAAAUAGUUAGAACGAUUGUACAUUCAACCAUUCCAAAAUCUUUGGAUUAAUGAAAAUAUCUACAUUGUUUUAAUUUAACAAUGAGUAAUCUACAGUAUGGAGCGAUUUAACCAAUAAAAUGAUUUAUAUCUUUGUAUUACUUUUGAAAUUCACCUUUGUUCAUUAAUUUUCAGUCCAUGCAUAUCCAUGAACCCCAGCAGGAUUAGUAAAUAGGAUCUACAUAUCUCACAGCAAGCGCGUGAAUAUUCGAAAAACCUCAGCAUAUAAUUUGGUCGACAUUUUCAACCCAAUGGCUUAGUUACGUGUGGAGCCUUAAAACGAAAUGGUGAGGUUUGUCUGAGAGUCUAGUUACAUAACAAAAAGUAGUAUGCACAUUGAAAGUAUACAUUUUUAGUCGUGAGGUCUAUGGAUGAUAGUAAAUAUGCUUAGGUGUGAAUAAAGAAAAAUUAAAUAUUUGAAACUUGCAAAAACGAAUGGUGCAGCAUACAGCUUUUGCGAACAGGAAUUGCUAAAUUUCACGAAAGUAAAGUUGAUUACAGGUCUUGAAAACGGUGAGGCCGUUUAAGAUGAAUCAAGCUACAGAUAAUGACUAGCACAAAGUAACCAAACCAUGAAAGAUUGAAAAAUGUUUUUUCUAAUGAAAUAACGAACCAAUUGGUCAAAAGAGAAGUAUAAGCUGAUAGAAUUAAUGGUUCGACGCAACAAGGCGAUGUUACUCAUCAUUUAUGAUAGGUAAUAUAUUUCAACAC